GAUUUGUUGCAGAUCGAGUGCGCAGCUCCGCGCGGCGCUUCGCAUUCGGCCAAACUGACGCCGCAACCCGCACGCUGACAGAGAACAGGGGGCUUCUUCUGAACGUGGCCGGGAUUGACAGAGUUCUGGGCAUUUUUCCGUUAGUUUCACGAGAGCAGGGCGUCUUUGGAAAUAAGCGUGUGCGCGUACGUGCGUGUGCGCGUCACGAUGAAGUGAUGCUGCUGAGUUUAGUUACUGGGUUCCUCCGGGGCGGUGCUGCCGCCGCCGUCGUCGCCGCCGCUGCUGAUGCUGAUGCUGCUGAUGCUGCUGCCGUCGAAGCUUUGUGGGAGUGACAUCAAAGUUUUUUUUGGCUUCUGAUUUCACCCGCUUCAUUUAGUGCAGCUGAGGCUCGCGCUCCGCGCUCGCUCAGAGGAGCUGGUGCUUCAGUCCGUUCCGGGCGCUGCUUUAUGACUGCAGGUGUAAUUGAAUUGGCCAUCGGGCGCUGAGUGGACACAGCGGAGAGGCUGCAGACUCCAGAGGAUUUGGCACCGGGAGAGUGUGGAGAUGAACUUUGGAAAUUUACUUCUUGUCUCAUUCAUCGCCAUCACCUCAGGGUCCCGGCCAAGGUUUGAAGACAGCGCCCCCCGGAUUGUGGAGGACCCCUCGGAUCUGAUCGUCUCCAAGGGGGAGCCCGCCACCCUCAACUGCAAGGCGGAGGGCCGGCCCCCUCCCGGUAUCGAGUGGUACAAGGAUGGCGAGCGGGUGGAGACGGACCGGGACGACCCCCGGUCCCACCGCAUGCUGCUGCCCAGCGGCUCCCUCUUCUUCCUGCGCAUCGUGCACGGCCGGCGCAGCAAACCAGACGAGGGCGUCUACACAUGUGUGGCCCGCAACUACCUGGGAGAGGCCAUUAGUCGAAACGCUUCCCUGGAAGUCGCUAUACUGAGGGAUGAUUUCCGCCAGGCCCCCAGCGACGUGGUGGUCGCUGCCGGCGAGCCGGCCGUGCUGGAGUGCGUGCCUCCGCGAGGCCACCCCGAACCCAGCGUGUCCUGGAAACGCAACAACGUCCGAGUCAGCGCCAAGGACGAGCGGGUGUCUAUGCGUGGGGGAAAACUGAUGAUCUCUCACACUAGGAAGAGCGACGCUGGCAUGUACGUCUGUGUGGGCACCAAUAUGGUGGGAGAAAGGGACAGCGAUCCUGCGGAGCUGGUGGUGUACGAGCGACCCGUGCUGGUCCGACGGCCCGUCAACCAGGUGGUCAUGGAGGACGAAACCGUCGACUUCCUGUGCGAGGUCCACGGAGAUCCUGCGCCCACUGUGCGUUGGCGCAGGGAGGAAGGGGAGCUUCCCCGUGGGAGGUUCGAAAUCCGCAACGGCAACAACCUGCGUUUGUUCCGUGUGAAGGAGCAGGACGAAGGGACGUACACCUGCACGUCUGAGAACAGCGUGGGCAAAACGGAGGCGUCGGCCAUGCUGCAGGUCCACGUUCCACCUCAGAUUGCCUCAAAGCCCCGGGACCAGAUAGCCACCCAAGGGAGGAGCAUCACCUUUCAGUGCGGCACCACAGGAAACCCUCCACCCGCCAUCUUCUGGCAGAAGGAGGGCAGCCAGAUGCUGCUGUUCCCGGGUCAGCCGCCGUCGCAGUCGGGCCGUUACUCCGUCUCCAUGAGCGGAGAACUGACCAUCACCGACGUCCACCCCGAGGACUCGGGCUUCUACAUCUGUCAGGCCAUCAGCGUGGCGGGAAGCGUGCUGACCAAGGCGCUGCUGGAGGUGGAGGGAGGCCCCUCGGGUCGCGUCCCGCCGAUCAUUCGCCAGGGUCCAGCCAAUCAGACCGCGUCCCGGGGGGCAACGGCACGGCUGCACUGCCGCGUAAUCGGGGGUCCCUCGGUCAGGAUUACAUGGGAGAAGGAUGGAGAGAGCGUCCAGGGGAACGGGCCCCGGCUGACCUUGAUGGACAACGGCACUUUGCAAAUCGCAGAUGUGAAGGACACGGACUCGGGGAUGUACACGUGCGUGGCGUCCAGCGCCACGGGGGAGUCGAGCUGGAGCGGGAUGCUGGCGGUCAGAGAGGACGGAGUGUCUUCAACCAGCAGAGUGUCCGAGUUCAUCCAGCUCCCGGGACCUCCCCAGAAGCCCAUCGUGACGGAGGUGUCCAAAAACACCGUAACCCUCACCUGGCAGUCGAACCCCCACGAAGGCGGCGCCGCCGUCACCUCCUACAUCAUCGAAGCUUUCAGCCAGUCAGUGGGCAGCACCUGGCAGACCGUCGCUGACCACGUCAAGCAGGAGCGGCACACGGUGGUCGGCCUCUUCCCCAACACCGUUUACCUCUUCAUCGUCCGAGCCGUCAACUCCUACGGCCUCAGCGACCCCAGCCCCAUCUCAGAGCCCGUCAGGACCCAGGAUGGGAGUCCCACUGAGCAGGGCGUGGACCACAGGCAGGUGCAGAGGGAGCUGGGGGAGGUGUCCGUCUACCUGCAGAAGCCCGUGGUGCUCUCCCCCUCCAGCGCCAAGGUUUCCUGGACUGUCGCCCGUCGCUCCCAGUACGUUCAGGGCUACCGCCUGUUUUACCGCACCAUCGGCGGCUCCUGGUUGGUGCAGGAUGUGGAGGAGACGUCGGACCACAGCACCAUUUUAGUGGACCUGCACAGCAACACGGAGCACGAAGUCAAGAUACGGCCGUACUUUAACGAGCUGCAGGGACACGACAGCCUCAUGGUGCUGCUGCGAACGCCCGAGGAGGUGCUCAGUGCUCCUCCACAGGCCGUGUCAGUGGUGCAGCUCAGCAACAGCUCCAGCAUCAGCGUGUCCUGGGAGCCGCCGCCUCACAGCAUCCAGAGUGGGAUCAUCCGCGAGUACAAGGUCUGGUGUCUGGGCAGCAGCGUGGAGCAGGAGGACCAGAUCAACCGCACGGUGGAAGGGUCCGUCCUGUCCAUCCUGCUGACGGGCCUGGUGCCUGACGUCCACUACUCUGUCACGGUGGCUGCUGUCACCAGCCUGGGUGCGGGUGCCGAGAGCCCGCCUGUCAGCCUGCUCCUCGCCCCACCGAUGGACCACACCUCGGUGAAGAAGGGCCGUAACCUCAGCCUGUCGGAGCAGGUCGCCAGCGUGCUGCGCCAGCCCUCCUUCAUCGCGGGCCUGGGAGUGGCCGCCUGGUUGGCGCUGACGGGCUUCAGCGGCUGGUUGUACUGUCGCCACCGCAGGAGGAAGCAGCUGGGCCACUACACCACGUCCUUCGCCUACACACCAGCAGUUGGCUUCGCUCACGGUGAAGGAUCGGGGAUCAUUAACGGAGGGCCUGGCCUGCUGGGGUCAAACAUGGGGAACUACCCCUGGCUGGCCGACUCGUGGCCCACCCCAAACCUCACCCAGAAAGGCAAAGCCUCGGGCAAACUGGACUCGGACAGAUUUUACAACACAGCUGGCAUCGCCCACUACCCGGCCCACUCAGAGAAGCACAGCACGGCGUCGAACGACAGCCCCAUCUACAGCACCAUCAACACGGCGGCUGAGGACGACCUGCUGGCCUACUAUGACACGUACUCCAAUGCCUCCUACAAACAGGGGCCCGACCCGUACAGCAGCAACCCCGUACUGUCAAACGGUGGACUUGUGGGUUUGGACCAGGACCUGGACCGGUGGACCAUCCAGUCUGGUCAUUCAGGCUCCGAAUACGCCAAGCUCCAGUAUAAGAAGAGCAACGAGAAACUGGAAGCGCAGAGAUCUACUGGAUCCUCGCCCAAGUCCUCUCCUCUCACCUGGGUGGAUGUUCUGUCACUGCCUCUUCCUGCCAACAUGGACAGAGGUCACAUAAAGACCAACAAAGAAGAAGAGCAACACAGCUCCGAGGAGGAGGAGGAGGAUGACUGGUGUCCUCCGCUGCCUGCCAGAACCUACCUGAUGGACACGUCCAAGGAGGAAAUCUCCAGCCUGCCCCGCAAACCAGACGAUGUGUCCUACGCAGCCACGCUAAUGUCGUCCCCCCAGCGGGGCACGCACAACCCCAGCGACAGCCCGCGGCUGCAGCACUUUGACCUCCUGGCCCGUCACCACUCAGGCACCCAGUCCAACCCAGACCUGUUCGGCAACUUCAAGGCCCGGGAUGCCAGCAAAGCCCGCCACGGCAACCAAUGGGCGGACGAUUUCAAGGAGGAGAGUCCCAAAGAAGGACGAUCUCCAGCUCAGGAGCCUGAUUUGAGCCCUGCGGCCCAGGCACACAGAGCCAGGACUAAAAAAAGAGUUCCCAAGGAUGGACCACUGAGACGAGACCUACAGAGCCAAGCAGGGCUCCCGCCCCCACCAGCGCCGCCCCCAGCAGACAACUCCCUGCAGCUCUUGGCCGACGUUCUGGGCCGCGGCCGAGCAGAGGGCGAGAUGAAGGAGGGGAGCGACUCCACUCUUCAGACGAGAGGGGAAAAUUUCUCACCCCAGAGGAGGGGACCUACGAAGUGGAUAUCACAGGAGGAGAAUGUAAUCCCGUACAGACAGCCCAACUUCCAGCCCAGCGUCCAGAUGUCAGGCUACGGGUCUCUGGGUGGACGGAUCUUUCCGCGACCCUCGGGUGCCGGCGGAGGGAGGAAUGAGAGCCUCAUGUAGACAGGCGCUGAUUACGUGACAUGACAUCCGUCCUCCUUUCUACACCAUUUCCUGUAUUUUGCGAGCCAUCAACCUGUCGCCACUGUCUCUUUUGAAAAACUCAAAAUAAAAAGGGAAAAUGUCAAGGUUUGCCAUCUGCCUUUUCACAAACUCUUAUUAUUUUCAAUUAUUUUAACAACUUAAUAUUUAUUUUUGCCCCCCUUCCCCUUUCUGUGUAAAUAGACAUCUUUCAAAAUUUUUUAAAGACAUAAUCAGAUAUAUUACUAAAAACGCAUCUGGGGAAGAUAUGUUAAAGUAUUUUUCGGCAACGGGCAGUACAUGUAAUCUAUUACAGUGUUGUACAGCAGAUUAUUGAAUGUAACUUUAUUCUGGAAAAUCAAACCAUGCCGACGUGUGUGUUUGAUAAAAGAGUGGAUAAAAAAUUAAACUGCGUUAAUAAUCCAUUGCGUGUGUGUGUGUGUGUGUGUGUGUGUGUGUGUGUGUGUGUGUGUGUGUGUGUGUGUGUGUGUGUGUGUGUGUGUGUGUGUGUGUGUGUGUGUGUGUGUGUGUGUGCGCGCCUGUCAGUGCAUGUGUGUAGUGUUUCCGUGUCUUACUGUUUUCUCUCUCAUCAGUGAGUGGUGACUGUGUACUGUGCUAAUCCUGUAGGUCACCAGUGUGUUGUCAAGAUUUUUAAAAUGACCAGUAAAACAUUUGUUACAAAAAUG